AUGAUGUUCUCCGCGCCCACCCGUGGUGGUGGCGGCGGCUCCCCCUCCGACAGGGGCUGCACCGCGCCCUCCACGCCAGGCAACGAGAGAACCGUCGCCCGCUGCCUCAACGGACUUGACAUCCAGGGCGACGACACGCCAUCGUCGCAACCAGCAGCCGCGAGCAACAAGAAAAAGAGAGGGGCACAGGCAGUUGGUCCUGACAAAAAUGGCCGUGGAUUGCGCCAAUUGAGCAUGAGAGUCCGUGAGAUAGUCGAAAGCAAAGGAAGAACAACCUGCAAUGAGGUGGCAGAUGAAUUGGUUGCUGACUUUUCAAAUCUCAAUAUUAAUAUUGACUCUCCAGAUCCUGAUAAUCCCUGCCCGCAACAACAUGAUGAGAAAAAUAUUCGAAGAAGAGUUUAUGAUGCGCUGAAUGUCCUAAUAGCUACGGAAAUUAUAUCUAAAGAUAAAAAGGAAAUACAGUGGAGAGGCUUGCCCAGGACAAGUAUGAAUGAUAUGGAAGAAUUGAAGGUUCUAGGUCAUGGACUGAAAGCUCGGAUUAAUAAGAAAAAUGCAUAUCUGCAGGAUUUACAAGAACAAUAUGCAUGUCUCCAAAACUUGGUUCGACAAAAUAAGCAGCUACAUGGGUCAGGAGAUGCACCUUCUGGUCAACUGGACUUGCCAUUUUUACUAGUUCAGACACGUCCUCAUGCAACUGUAGAAGUGGAGAUGUCAGAAGAUAUGCAGCUCCUGCAUUUUGACUUCAAUAGCACACCAUUUGAGUUGCAUGAUGAUUCUGAUGUACUGAAAGCAAUGGGAUUAUCUGGCAAAAUUAGAAAAGCUGAUUGUACCCAAGCUCCUGUUGUGAAUGGAGGUGAGUGCUCAACAAGUACACCGAACAGGGACAAGAGGAGUUAGGGUACAAACUCGCCCCCUAUUCCUGGGAUACUAAAAGGGUCAUGUCAAGCAUGAACAAUUAAUAGGUGGUGUCAAAUGAGCUAUUUACUUUAUUGUUCUCCAGCUAGUUUUAACUGUAGAAAAUGCUUGUAAAUUAUGCCUGGUAGGUGGGCAUCCAGGACAUCC